AUGGACCUUCGUGUCGGUAAUAAAUACCGAAUCGCCGCAAGAUUGGUAGCGGUAGCUUUGGUGACAUCUAUCUGGGUCCUGUACAUAGGCACCAACAUCAUUUCUGGCGAGGAAAUUGCCAUCAAGCUGGAGAGUGUCAAGGCCAAGCACCCCCAGCUUGAGUAUGAGGCUCGCGUUUACAAGUCCCUCGCCGGUGGUGUUGGCAUUCCCUUUGUCCGCUGGUUCGGUACCGAAUGUGACUACAAUGCCAUGGUGAUCGAUCUUCUCGGCCCCAGCUUGGAGGAUCUGUUCAACUUCUGCAACCGCAAAUUCUCGCUGAAGACGGUGCUGCUUCUUGCCGACCAACUGAUCUCUCGUAUUGAAUACAUCCAUGCCAAGUCCUUCAUCCACCGGGAUAUCAAGCCGGACAACUUCCUCAUGGGCAUUGGCAAGCGUGGUAACCAGGUCAACGUCAUUGAUUUUGGUCUAGCCAAGAAAUACCGGGACCCCAAGACUCACUUCCACAUCCCCUACCGUGAGAACAAGAACCUCACGGGUACUGCCCGUUAUGCCAGUAUCAACACUCACCUUGGUGUCGAACAGUCCCGCCGUGAUGAUAUGGAAUCCCUCGGCUAUGUGAUGCUGUACUUCUGCCGUGGUUCUCUGCCCUGGCAAGGUCUGAAGGCAGCCACCAAGAAGCAGAAGUACGACCGCAUCAUGGAGAAGAAGAUGACCACCCCUACCGAGGUGCUCUGCCGGGGAUUCCCCAAUGAGUUCGCCAUCUACCUGAACUACACCCGCUCCCUCCGCUUCGACGACAAGCCGGACUACUCUUACCUCCGCAAAAUCUUCCGCGACCUCUUUGUUCGCGAGUCGUACCAGUACGACUACGUCUUCGACUGGACUGUCUACAAGUACCAGAAGAAUGCAGCCAUGAUCGCGGAUGCUGCCAAUAAUGGCAAGAAGGACAAGGAGACUGAGGAGGAGAAGCAGCAGCAGCAGCAGCAGCAACAGCAACAGCAGCAGCAACAGCAGCAGCAGCGCCGCGCUAUCCAGGCUCCUCCCGCGAUGGCCAACCCUGCCCCUGCUGCUAGCAAGCCCGGCGCCGUCUCUAGCCAGCGCCGGAAGGUCGUUGAACGGAUCGUUGACCCCGCAGACACCAACCGCGCUGUUGGAGGGAGUGACAGGAUGUGA